AUGCAGUUUUUUGGAGGGUCAGACAUAAGUCCAUCACCACCACCACCAACAGCAUCAGGGCACAAUGCACACAUGAUGUAUAUCUUUAAUAGGAGUGGAAUUUGUUUGCUUUACAGAGAAUGGAACCGUCCACUUCACACUCUUAAUGCUCAGCAAGAUCAUAAGCUCAUGUUUGGUUUGCUCUUCUCUCUCAAAUCCUUGACUGCCAAGAUGGAUCCCACAAGUGCAGAUAAAGGAAACCUUGGGGUGCCUCAAUUACCAGGGCAAGGCUGUUCAUUUCACAGUUUUCGUACAAAUACAUACAAGCUUAGUUUCAUGGAAACUCCUUCUGGGAUGAAGAUUAUUCUGCUUACUCAUCCUCGUACUGGUGAUCUACGGGAAUCCUUGAAGUACAUUUAUAACUUGUAUGUUGAAUAUGUAGUCAAGAACCCACUCUAUGCUCCUGGAACUCCUAUCAGGUGUGAUUUGUUCAACACUUCUCUUGACCAAUAUGUAAGAAGCAUUUCUUAG